GCUGCGAAACAAAGAAACAAAAUUAAGCUGUGAGAAUUGCUAUUGAGGUUGAUGCGGCCUCGCGGGCAAUAAAAUUAGAGCGGGCGGGCGCUUGCUGCCAAGCGCUCCGCCUGUCAUGGCGACGUACGUGAGUGAGCUGGAGGUGGCCAAGAAAAACCUGAGCGAAGCUUUGGGCGAAAAUGUGAAGCAGUACUGGGCUAAUUUGAAACUAUGGUUUAAGCAAAAGAUCAGCAAAGAAGAAUUUGAUCUGGAAGCUCGGAGGCUCCUCACUCAAGACAAUGUCCAUUUUCACAAUGACUUCUUGUUGGCUAUUCUCACACGAUGCCAAAUCUUGGUUUCUGCACCAGAAGGUGCUGGCUCUCUACCUUGGACAGGAGGUUCUGCACCAAAACCUGGCAAGCCUAAAGGGAAGAAAAAGUUUUCUUCUGUACGGCAGAAGUUUGAUCACCGGUUCCAGCCCCAGAAUCCCUUGUCUGGAGCUCAGCAGUUUGUGGCCAAAGAUCCCCAAGACGAUGAUGACCUGAAGCUUUGUUCACACACAAUGAUGCUUCCCACUUGGGGCCAGUUGGAAGGAAGGAUGAUUGUAACUGCUUAUGAGCAUGGCCUGGAUAAUGUCUCCGAAGAAGCAGUUACAGUUGUUGUCUAUGCCGUAGAGAAGCAUCUUAAGGAUAUCCUUACCUCUGUAAUAUCAAGGAGAAAGGCUUAUCGUGUGCGGGACAGUCACUUCAAAUAUGCUUUUGGAAGCAAUGUCAAUCCACAGCCAUAUCUGAAGAAUAGUGUCAUUGCUUACAGUAACUUAACUGAGUGUCCUCCUACCUGCUUGGCUCCCCCACCUGGUCAAAACCUUGCUUCCCAUCUACCGCCUGAUGAUGCAGAGCAGCAAGCAGCCCUCCUUUUGGCCUGUUCUGGGGACACUUCACCAGCAAGUCUGCCUCCAGUGAACAUGUAUGAUCUCUUUGAGGCACUGCAGAUCCACCGGGAAGUGGUGCCUGCCCAUACUGUCUAUGCUCUCAAUAUUGAAAGGAUCAUCCUGAAACUCUGGCACCCAAACCAUGAGGAGCUUCAGCAAGACAAAAUCCAUCGGCAGAGGUUGGCUGCAAAGGAAGGCCUCCUGAUGUGCUGAGACCAGUGCUGACUUUGGGCUGGACUAAUAUUAUCUUGAAUAUGCCAGUUGGCAUUUUGACUUUGGAAUCUCAACAUUUGCAUUAUUUUAUGAGCACUUCCAAAUGGAAGUGUGGACAUGUUUCCCAUGGAAAUAUGACUCAAACUGAAGAGCAUACAGUGUAAAACAAAGCCCUGAUUGCUUAGAAGAUCGACUACUUUACUGACCAUUUUCAACCAAAUCGAACAGCAUUCAUUCUGAAAAUAUUUUUGUUCCACCGUUGCAGCAGAAUUUUCAUUCCAUCCUUAAUGUGUAAAAUGUUGCUCAGUCAAUAUUUACAGUACAAAGAUGGAGUUCCUACAGUCCCCAGAUAUGUAUGUAGGGCAUCUGAGCUGCUGCCUUGGGCAGCUUUUACAAGCAUACACAGUAUGUAUGAGUAUACGCACACACACACUGCACAAAGCUUUGUUUUUUUGUAUUUCUUUUGUAUAAUAUGAGUUUACUACAUGUGGGAGAAGUUGUGAUUCAUUAAAAUAAACUUUGUUGCAAGACAGUUUUCAUUAAAAAAAUAAUCUCUUUUUUCUUUGUAAAAACAGCAAUAUUUAAGUCUGUGAAAAGACCCUAAAAUAUAUAAUUAUCACUCUGA